GUCUAAAUUGAAUGCAAUAUAUUUUAGUUUUCCCCGGAGAAAUCAUAUUCUGGGGAACCGGCGUCGAAGAAGACCGCAGCGAUGGGUUCUACAGCGGCCCUUAAAGAACUACAGAGAGACCUUGAGAACAAAGCCAACGAUCUGACCAAACUUCAAAAGGAUAUUGCAAAGAACCACCAAGUCCGAAAGAAGUAUACUAUUCAGCUUGGAGAAAACGAGCUCGUUCUAAAGGAACUGGAUCUGUUGAAUGAUGAUGCAAACGUUUACAAGUUAAUCGGACCAGUGCUAGUCAAACAGGACUUGGCAGAAGCUAAUGCCAAUGUUCGCAAGCGAAUAGAUUACAUCUCUGCGGAAUUGAAGCGUUUGGAUGCAACACUUCAAGAUUUAGAAGAAAAGCAAAACAGCAAGAAAGAAGCGAUUUAUAAGGUACAACAAAGAAUUCAGUCUCUCCAGGCUGGAAAAGGGAAGGCAUAACGUCCGUAUCAACACGCUUUUAUUCUGCAGUUCUAAUGUCAACACGUUGAAGCACACAAUAUGAUCUCUCUUUUUUGAGUGGCACAAUAUAACGAUCGCCAAUGGUAUCAUAUUGUAGGUUACUAAAUUGAAAUUUGUAUGUUAUUUUCAUGCUUGUUCGAUUAUUAUAAAUCUUGUUCUCUGAACAUCAAUUGAAUGUCGUAUGCAUCUUGAGAACCCACUGGGCACUCUUACGUGUUUGAUAGAUGGGAUUAGAUAGCAUUGGACUAUAUUUAAGAAAAAUAAGUUAAAAUCUUA